GAGUCCUUCCACAUUAAAUGGAACACUGUAUGCCUAAAGUUCUGAAAUUCCUUUACAAAGCUAGAAAUCUAAUUAGCGUCGCCACCAUCAGUUCUUCCUCCGCCGCCUCGGUUGCCGCCAUCGCAUCUUCUCCCAAAUUCUCAACUACAUCCGCCGCCGCCGCCAUGGACGAUCUCCAAACCCUAAAAACACGUCUCUGCAUCAUCGGCAGCGGUCCCGCAGCGCACACUGCUGCCAUCUACGCCGCACGUGCGGAAAUCAAACCGGUUCUAUUUGAAGGAUGGAUGGCCAACGACAUCGCCGCCGGCGGACAGCUCACGACGACGACCGACGUGGAAAAUUUCCCUGGUUUUCCGGAUGGUAUCUUAGGGUUUGAAUUAAUGGAAAGAUGCAAACAACAAUCUGUUAGAUUUGGUACUGAGAUAUUUUCUGAAACUGUUAAUAAAGUAGAUUUCUCGAAAACUCCAUUUAAGGUGUUUACAGAUAGUAAGACUGUUAUUGCUGAUAGCGUUAUUGUUGCAACUGGUGCCGUUGCGAGGCGGUUGAGUUUUCCGGGUUCGGGUGAAGGGAAAUCAGGGUUUUGGAAUAAAGGGAUUUCAGCUUGUGCUGUUUGUGAUGGUGCUGCGCCGAUUUUUAGGAAUAAGCCGUUAGCGGUUAUUGGUGGCGGUGAUUCUGCUAUGGAAGAAGCUAAUUUCUUAACUAAGUACGGUUCCAAAGUUUAUAUUAUUCAUAGGAGGAAUGAGUUUAGGGCGUCGAAAAUUAUGCAACAAAGGGCUAUGAACAAUCCUAAGAUUGAGGUUAUAUGGAACUCGGCGGUGGUUGAGGCAUAUGGUGCAGAAGGGAAGUCAGUCUUAGGAGGGUUAAAGGUGAAGAAUGUGGUGAGUGGUGAGGUUUCUGAUUUGCCGGUGAACGGGUUGUUUUUUGCUAUUGGGCAUGAGCCUGCAACUAAGUUUUUGGAUGGGCAGUUGGAACUUGAUUCUGAUGGGUAUGUUGUGACUAAACCUGGAUCAACUGUUACAAGUGUUAAAGGUGUUUUUGCUGCUGGUGAUGUUCAAGAUAAGAAGUAUAGGCAAGCUGUUACUGCUGCGGGGUCUGGUUGUAUGGCAGCAUUGGAUGCAGAACACUACUUACAGGAAAUUGGAUCCCAAGAAGGAAAGAGUGAUUGAUGAAUGGGUGACCUGCUAAUAUUCUUGAUUUAUUAUGAUUACAUUCUGCAACAUUGUAAGGAUAAGUCCCUAUAAUUGGUUUGUUUUAUUUGCUUGAUGAAAGAAUUGUUGAAACUGAUUUCAGUUUCAGCGUAUUUGUAUUUGUUACUUGAUUUGUUGGCUUAAACUGCCAAUAAUUUAUCCGUUCAUUUGAAA